AUGAAGUUCUACUCCUCUGCACUCUCAUCCUGGGUCUCGCCAUCUUCAUGGCUUCUGGCAAGGAUUGCAUUGGCUAACACAUGGAGUCAGCUUCAUAUAACUGGUUCUCCUGCACUUUCAGCUUUGCCCCACACCAACAACAACGAGGACCCGAUGAAUGAGCAUGACCAACACCAACACCAUCACCAGGUGGUCCGCAGCAUCCACUACGCCGACGAUGAGAAGGCUCCGCCCAAGCAGGACGAUGUCGCCUGCUGCGGCUAAUCUGUUAGCAGACAAAGGCGUGACGGCAAUUUCAUCGAUUUUUAAACGCCUUUAAAUUUAAAUAAAGAGCAAUAUUGAAAAAUAUA